UCAAAGGGGGCGGAGCCUGCUGAAGUCCCUGAACGCAGUUUUACUUUUGGUUUCGGGUCUGAGUGCUCGUCUCUGCUAUUGACUGAUUUCUCGUGAUCCAUUGGCGUGUGCGUCGUCGCGGCCCCGGUCGCCGCUCCUGGACAUGCUGGUGUCGGCUCGGGACGGACACGCGUCGUUCCUGCUCCGUCUCUAGCGCGGCGUCAGCGAUGGGGCUGCGCGUGCGGGCGAAGGCCUGCUGGCUGGGCGCUCUGCUGGCUGCUGUCACGGCUCAGGCCGCAGCGGCCACAGUUUACAAGAAGUUGGGUGAUGAAGUCGUCCUCACGCCAGACUCUGUGUCUGACGUCAUCGAGAGCAUCCAAUGGAAAGAAGGGUCUGACAUUGCUAUGGCGUGGGACCUCGGUGACCCAAACAUCAGUUCUUAUCGUCAGUUCAGAGCUCGAGGCAGCCUCAACACUGCAACCGGACAAAUGACAAUCACAGGACUGACUCUAGAUGACAGUAACAAGUACACCCCAGAAAUCAACAGCAAAACGUUGGCUUCAAUUGAUCUGAGAGUGAUCUCUGCUGUUGCUGUUCCCAGUGUAACUUUUUCCUGCAAUGAUGGGAAAACCAGCUGUUUGUUGACCUGCGAUGGCAGCAGCGCAGAAGCUGAACCGGUCACCUACACGUGGUGGACAGACAGUGGGAUCAUGAACUCAACAACGAGGCAACUGCAGAUAACGAAGGACAAUUCAAGCUUAAAGGAGUUCAGCUGUGAGCUGCAGAACCCAGUCAGUUUGGAGCGCAGCGCAGCCAUUCACAGCCCUCUCCCCAACGCUGCCCCCCCAGAGGAAGGGUCUCAAAUGAAAGUGAUCAAAGGAGUCAUAGUUUUCUUAUGUCUGCUGGUGCCUCUACUGCUGCUGAUCACUAUACACAGAUUCAAAACAGGAGUGUGUUUCUAUGAAAAAGAGUCGUUGCCUUGGAGCCAAGAUUUCUGGACAAAAGAGAAUACGUCUGAAGACAGAGCAGAUCGUAGUAGGUGUGAAAUGGAAGAACAAAGACUGACAAAGAACGGUGGUUCAGGAUCUGUGGAGGCUGCGGGUGGAUCUGAACCGUAGUAAAUCCAGGAGCUCACCUGUGUGGUGGCCUCCUGCUGCUGGCCUGCCACUGUGCAUCUGCAUGUGCUUUUUUGUUUUUGAAUCUGUUAAACUAAAAGAAAUGGACUCGUGCCUGGUUGUCGACUUGAGCAGGAGUCCAUUAAGAGAAAGGCUGUAAUCACAUCUCCUGGGGCUUGUCUUGUUUAAAGUUUAUGAACAUUUAAACAAUGCUAGGAAGCUCCGUGAGGUGUUCUUCCUGCCUGUUCCACAUCUCAGCCUCAUUAAAUCAGUCACUGACGCCAUUGGAUGGGGGUUCAGUGUGGGUUUCUGUGUCUGGGGCAGGAUCUGGACUGACAUCAAGGGGAGAAGGGGCUCUAUUGUCUAGGCUGGUGCUCAACCAACAGGCCAGGCAUUGUGCAGCCCUGUAUUGCUGGCUGCUUAGUGGUUACUAGUGUACUGACACACAUGGGAGGGUUUUAGUUUGAGCAAUCAUUUAUUAACUGUUUUAUUUUUUAUAUUGGAACCAGUUUUUUUAAGAGCAAAUACCUUUAUUGUCAAACAUCUGCUGUAACUGGCCUUCAUUUUAAAUGUGGAAAUAUUAAUGUAAAUGUGUGCUUUGCUUUUUUAACCUUUGUUACUUUCAGGUUGUGUUUUAUGCUUGUAGCUGAUUUAUGUAAAAAAAAGUUAGUUUUUAAAUGAAUUUGUGUAACUCGCACAUCAUUACUAAAACGUUUUGGUAUUUUGUGUAGAAAGUUGUUGACACUCCAUUUUUAGUUUUGGACAGAAGGCACUAAGUAACUACCAUCUUGAAUUUUUGUUGACAUAUGAAUGCAAAUGUAAAUAUUUUUACAAGAGUUGUAGUUAAUAAAACCAAUAUGUGCCCUUCA